UUUUGAAAAUCUUGUUGAUUCGGGGCAGCCGAGAGCGCGGCGCGUCCGGACGGCCGACAGCGGCCCGCGCGCCUCCUCGCCAGCCCGCGCCUCGAGUCGCCGCGCGCCAGGCCCGCGCCAGGCCCCGCAGCCGCGGCCCGCAGCAGCAUGUCGGCGUCCGGCCCCGCCGCGGAGGACGGCGACGGCGACCCGGCCCCGGCCGCGCCCGAGCAGGAGCCCGAGAUGCCCGAGCGCCGGGAGCAGAGCGAGGACGACGACGAGGAGGAGGACGACGACGACGACGACGAGGACGAGGAGGAAGAGAAAGAGAAAAGCCUCAUUGUGGAAGGCAAGCGGGAAAAGAAAAAAGUGGAACGAUUGACAAUGCAAGUGUCUUCUUUACAGAGAGAGCCAUUUACAAUUGCACAAGGAAAGGGACAGAAACUUUGUGAAAUUGAAAGGAUACAUUUCUUCCUCAGUAAAAAGAAAAUAGAUGAACUACGAAAUCUACAUAAACUGCUUUACAACAGACCAGGCACAGUGUCUUCAUUAAAGAAGAAUGUGGGUCAGUUUAGUGGCUUUCCAUUCGAAAAAGGAAGUACCCAGUAUAAGAAGAAGGAAGAAAUGUUGAAAAAAUUUAGAAAUGCCAUGCUCAAGAGUAUCUGUGAAGUUCUUGAUUUGGAGAGAUCGGGGGUAAACAGUGAACUGGUGAAGAGGAUCUUGAAUUUUUUAAUGCAUCCAAAGCCUUCUGGCAAACCCUUGCCAAAAUCUAAAAAAUCUUCCAACAAAGGCAGCAAAAAGGAACGAAACCGUUCUGGGGUAGCAAGGAAAGCUAAGAGAACCAAGUGUCCUGAAAUUCUGUCAGAUGAGUCUAGCAGUGAUGAAGAUGAAAAGAAAAACAAGGAAGAGUCUUCAGAUGAUGAAGAUAAAGAAAGUGAAGAGGAGCCACCAAAGAAGGUAUCUAAAAAGGAAAAACCUAAACAGAAAACCACAUCUAAAAGUAAAAAGUCUGCAAAAAGUGCUAAUGUUAAAAAGGCAGAUAGCAGCACCACCAAGAAGAAUCAAAACAGUUCCAAAAAAGAAAGUGAAUCUGAAGAUAGUUCAGAUGAUGAACCUUUAAUUAAAAAACUGAAGAAACCUCCUACAGAUGAAGAGAUAAAGGAAACAGUAAAGAAGUUGUUGGCAAAUGCUAACCUGGAAGAAGUUACAAUGAAGCAGAUUUGCAAAGAGGUAUAUGAAAAUUAUCCUGCUUAUGAUUUAACUGAAAGGAAAGAUUUCAUUAAGACAACCGUUAAAGAGCUAAUUUCUUGAAAUAAAGGACAGAGACGGAUGACUAUGCCCAUGGAUGUCAAGAUCAGAUUUAUAUUAUAAUACCAGCACAGAGAAUGUAAUCCCUUUUCUAAGUCCUUGCAAGCAUUGUGUUCGUAAAACCUAAUGCUGACCUUUUUAUCUUGAGUGUUGCUUAAAUUUAAGUUUGCUAUUUCAAAUUGCAUUUCUAUGCAGUUUUAAGUUUUAAAGUUUUGCAUGGCAGUAAUUUUCUUGCUUUUAUAGUUGUAUUUUGUACAUUUUGGAUUUCUUUAUAUAAGGCUAUAGAUUCUUGAACUGUUGUAGUUUUUAGUGUGCUUAUUACUAGCUUAAGACAUACUUUUAAUCAAGUAGACCAGAAACUAUUCUAAUUAGCAAUCGUACAUGCAGACAGUUGCAGUAUUUAGUAUAUGAAAUAUUUUGAAUACACAUCUGACCGUGUAUUCAUUAUAUUAAAAAUAUACCAGCUUUAGCUAUCCGGAUGAUUAAAUCAGAACUUCACUUCUGCAUGUGUAUAUAUGUCAAAUUGUCAGCAUGACAGAAAUGACAGAUGUUAUUUUUGUAUUUUUAAAAACAAAUUUGUUGUAUAUAGUUUUUUUAUUUCUUUUGUGCAGAUCAAUUUUUAAACUCAUAGGUAUCUUUACAGUUAUAAACCAUGAAGUGUCAGUGUUCAGCUAGGUGGUAUAACAGAGCAUUGAGAUUGAGAAUCAGAAUUCAGUCAAGAAAAAGCUGGAAAAAACCGAAAGUUCUGCUUUGCCUCAAAAGUGUCAUCAACUGUAGUUUUAGUGUUAACUCUGCAAGUGUCUGUAAAUAACUUUUAUAUAAGAAUAGACCAGAAUCAACACUUAAGAAACUUGGGGACAAGUGGGAUUAAGUAAAAGCACAUUUGGCUUAUAAUAAGUUAGAUGAUUUUUAUUAAGUUUUUCUGCCCACAUAAAAGGCUGAUAUUUACAGGAGACCUCACCCCAUUUAUAAAAUUAUGAUAAAUAUACCAAUUAUAAUGCUGGAAAGUAAUGCAUAGGCAAUAAAGGCUCUUUGACAGUAUUUAUCAAAAAGUGGUAAUAAGUCUUAUUAUUUUUAACAUUAAAUAAAUGUAUUUGUAGACUGAGCUGCUGGGUUUUAAAUUUAUGGCUAAUCAGGAUUCUAUGAAUCAACAUGGACCACCCCUGAAUGAGACUAAUUUUGUCUUUUAAAUUGACUACCUUAAUCAGUUUAUUAAAUCUCCAAAGUUUGAAAUAUGCUGCUUGUAAGAAAAUUAGGCAUUUGAUAAACCAAUUAAGUGUUUAAAAUAAAAAUGCUGCUUAGAAGUAUAAAAAUGAUAUUGUUAACAGGUAUUUUCAGUUAUGCCUAGUUUCUUGCUAAGGUUUUAAGCAGGUAUACUCCACACUAAUGAAUGGAUCAAACCACAUAAGACAAGAAUUGGCCUUUGAUUUUAAAUAUCUAGUUUGUUCCUUAUAAACCUUGUCAAUAAAAAUGAAAAAAAUCAAUGACCUUGUUUCUUUUACUUAAUGUCUUAUUUGAUGUCUUAUUUCAGGUUUUCUAUAGCAUUUUGUCCCCUUUGAAAGUAUUUCAGAACAGAUUUUUUAUUUUUAAAAAUAAGGUUGAACAUAAUAAUAGAGUUGUUUCAGGUAUAUAAUGUUCCAAUAGCCAUCCCACCACCAGUGUCCCCUUCCCUAUAACAGACUUUCCUUUUUUAAAAAAGGAUUUAACUCCAAAGCCUGUAUUUCUGGAGUACUCUCAGUAAUAACUGCCUUUACUUUGAAUACAAAGUUGAAGUGAAAAGGGAUCCUUCAUUCAGUGUGGGGGUAGUGGGAAUACUGUGGUCCAGCCUCAGUGGAAAACACAGUAUGGCGAUUUCUCAAAAAGGAACAAUAGAAUUUCCAAAGAGAUACAUAAAACACCUAUGUUCAGUGCUGAGAAUAGCUAGGACAUGAAACAACCCAAAUGUUUAAUGAAAGAUGGAAGGCAUGGUAUAUAUAUUCGUGAUGAAGUAAUGUAUAGUUCUAAGAAAAUUUGAAACUUUUGCUCACUGCCAUGUGGAUGGUGCUGGAGGUCUCAUGUUAAAUGAAAUAGAAGGACUGCUACUGAGUGAUUUCAUCUGCAGUAUGCAAAUGAUUUCACUCAUCCAUGGUAUGCAGUUUUGAACAAUAUUAAUAAAAUGCUUGGCUUUGAGUUACAAAACAGAUUAUCAGAUGGGAGGGAAGAGGGGGAAUUAAGAGGUGAGCUGGUUGUUACAUAUGGGCACUGGUGGUGCUGAAGUGUAAUAACUACCUCAAAAUCAUAAAUGUUAACAUAUGUUAUCUGAACAACCGGUCAACCUUUUAACACCUGUGGACCUGCAUGAACUGUGGUUUUCAACCUUUCUAAAAUAAAGAAAAAGUUUAAAAAAAAAAAAAACUCAACUGCUGGCAGGGAAGCAUUGAGGCAAUCUCACAAAAUUCUCGACUUGAUCAAAUAGCUUAAUAAU